AUGACACGCUCAGCGUUGUUCGAGAAGCUCGCACUACACGCGCCUCAUUUGUCUGGCAGGCAUGCGAUACCCGCUUUGCCAGCUUUUAUCUAUGGCACAGCGUGGAAGAAAGGAGCGACAUCCGAUCUUGUCUAUGAAGCCCUAUCCAAUGGUUUUACAGCAAUUGAUACCGCUGCACAACCAAAACAUUAUCGAGAGGACCUCGUUGCCGCCGGCAUCCACCGGGCGAUCAAAGAUGGCAAGAUCAAGCGGUCCGAGGUGUACAUUCAAACUAAGUUCACCAGUGUUGGAGGUCAAGACCCAGACAACAUGCCGUUCGAUCCCAAAAGCCCGCUUGCAGAUCAAGUGAAAGCAUCGGUCAUAUCGUCUCUUCAGAACUUCAACUUUGCAGACGUUGUUGCCGAAGGAGAAGCUCAAUAUAUUGACACACUUGUCCUCCAUUCUCCCAUGCCCACGCUCAACGAGACAUUGGAAGUCUGGGAAACACUGGAGCAGUUCGUGCCCAGCGAGAUCAGAAAUCUUGGGAUCUCGAACUGUAACCUCUUUACUCUGAUGGACCUCUAUGAGCGCGCUCGGAUCAAGCCGACGGUAGUGCAGAACCGUUUCUACCCCAGUACGAAGUUUGAUAUUGGAGUACGACAGUUUUGUAAGGAGAAAAAUAUCGUGUAUCAGAGCUUCUGGACUCUAUCUGCUAACCCGGGUCUGGUGGGGUCAAAUGAGACCAGGUCACUAGCAAAUCAGGUGGGCAUCAGUCCACAAUCAGCCCUAUAUUGUCUGGUCCUUGGAUUGGGCAAUGUCACUGUCCUUAACGGCACAAAGAGUGUUCAGCACAUGCAGGAAGACUGGAAUGCUGUGAAAACCGUGAAGGAGUUUGCCCAGUCACAUCCCGAGCGAUGGGACGCAGCUGUCGCAAGCUUCAGGCGACUGAUCGGACAGCCCAAGCCUUGA